GAAUAGGCUGCCAACAGGGGCGUCAUUGAGACAGAUACAAGACGCUUUGUUUGUUACCUUGGUAACAAGAACCGAGUACGGAACGGACGCUGUCGUUGGAAGCAAAGCUACCAAAUUAUUGUCAGGUAGUUUGAAGCAAACCGCCCAUAGAAAAUGACUUUGGAUUUAAAGGAUUACUUCCGAACGUUCUAUGAAGAACAACUGACAAUUCUGCCAGUGCCGGUUGAAGUGCACGUGACGGGGGCAACUCGACUGUUGGAGAAGAAGAAUGAGAUGAAGGAUGUGGAACAAGCACUCGCAGCACAGAAGGAGGAGUUCCAAAUGAGAAUGGAGAGUGUUCAGCAGCGCAAGGACGACCUGAUAGAACAAAAGGAGCAAAUGAAAGAGCAGCUGACUAAAUUCGACACAUUUGUCAAAGAGAAUGAAUCAAAGUGCAGUCGAGCCAAGAAAAACGCAAGCGCUGAUAAGGAGCUGGUGCGGCAGAAGGAGCUGGAGAUAGAGCGUCUGGAAAAGGAGAUCACCAUCCUGCAGGCCAGGAAAGACGUGCUGGAGGAAAGGGUGCAGAGGAAUGCCAUCUACUGGGAGUUCUUAGAGAAAGUCAUUAAGAAAUCCAAGAAGUUUGAGGAAGCCCGGGAGCUCCUGGGUCGCACGGACACCUUGCUGAUCACGCGGGACCAGCUGCUGGAGAAGGAGAGUGAGGGGCAGGAGCGCAGGGAAGCCCUGCGGAUGGAGCUGCGCCAUUUUGUUGAGGAGCAGAGCAAUCUUGUCCUGCAUCGCAAUAACCAGCUGUCAGCUUUACAGACCCAGCUAGACCGCACGCGGAUGCUGGCUUUCAAAUGGGAAAGCACAUGGAACCACAUCCAGUCCACUGCAGCGAAGGAGACCCUCCUCCUGGGACAGAUAAAGGUGGUGACCCUUAAUCUCUUCCACAUGAUGGGUGGGAAGACAGGCCAGGACAAGGCUGUAGCCAUUGAGGACACUGCACAGCAGCUGGAACAGAUCCAGCUCUUCAUCCAGGAUAAGGCUGACAUGGUUUAUGAUCUGAGAAGGGCUAGCUCUGGUUCAAUAGGAAACAUCAACAAGGAAUAGAGAUGGCGAUAUGGCUGUGCCUGUAUCAGUAGCCAAACACUUGUGUAUGUGGACUGUUUCAAGUGUAAACCAUGUUAACACACAUAUCAGAUAUGGGUCACUUUUCAAAGUAGAUGUAAACAGGUGGAAAUAUCAGAUACAGGCACAAAAAUCGGAACUGGGCAUCAAGACCUGUGGCAUAAACAUAGACUUAGUGCUUAGACAUUGUUACUUGCAGCAAUAUUCAUGUUAUUAUUUGCCAAGUCUUUGUAUAUUUAAAUUAUAACAGAAAAGAGGUCAUAGAAUCAGUUAAUAUUGUUUAAGCAAUAUUUGAGUUUUUUUUCUCUUUUUACAUGCCCUCCCUAUACUGCCUCUCUGACUUCGCCAAUUUCAACCCUUGGUUUUCAUUUGGAUGGAAAACAGAGUAAUGUACUGUCAUAUAGUAAGGUUCCAGAACAAUGACAUCCACUUUUGAAAAGCACUGGGGGUAAAGAGAUUUGACAUUGAGGGAAACCCUCUCUUAAGGUUUAGAAAACUUGGGAGUCAGUUUUUUUUAAAUAGUAGAUAAUGAAGUGAAAUGAGAUUGAGCAUUGACUGCAUGGUAAUUUCAGACAUACAGUAGGGUGUGUCAACAAAUCUGUAAAUGCGUACAUAGAUAUACAUUUCAGCACCCCUGGUUUAAAUGUCUUACAAUGAAUCUGUAUGUGAUCGAAAACAAACCUGAACUCAAAAUGGUACAUCAUAUUUUCUUUUAAGAGA